AUGGAUUGUUUUACAGGUGCAUCUUCAGGAGCUCUGAAAGGUGUUUGUUUCAGUGAUGGAACAUUCAAAAAUAUAAAUUCAAUAAAUGAACUAAACGCGAAAUGUGAUGAAAUAACGAGUAUGUGUUGGAGUGGUGCUAGUGAUCAGACUGAAGUCCUCACAGCACAAAUGGAUCGGCAUUUGAGGUUGUAUGAUACGGUUAAUGAUAAACGUUCAUCGUUAUUUAAAGUAGACGGCGGAACGGGACCCGUCAAAGGACUUCACGUGACAAAUGGUGGCUCUUCAAUAGUGACAGCAGUGGAGUCGGGUGAGGUGUGUGUGUGGAACGAGGAAGGUGCGAAGCUGAGUGAACUGAAUGCUGGCAGUGACUUGUUGGUGAUGACCAAUAAUUCAAUUCACAAUCAACAAUACGCCACUGGUGGUAUCGAAAACCCACUGAAAGUAUGGGAUAUUGAACACGGGCAGAAAAUUUUCACCGCAAAAAAUGUGCGUCCAGACAACCUUCAGUUGAGAGUACCGAUUUGGGAUACAGACAUACGUUUUAUGAACGAAUCACAAAAUAUAGUCACUACCACUGGCAAGCAUCAGAUUCGUGUGUACGAUCCACGAAGUCAACGUCGUCCAGUUAAAGAAAUGGAGUGGUUAGAAGAGCCUAUAACAGCGAUGACGUUGUGCAAUUCGCAGAUGCACAUUGUGGCUGGAAAUUCCAAGGGGGAGAUGGCGUUGUUCGACUUGAGGAACAAGUUGAGAGUGGUGUGUAAAUUGAAAGGUUGUAGCGGUUCGGUGAGAGGGAUUGAUGCCCAUCCGGCAUCACCUCUUGUAGCAUCUUGUUCCAUCGAUCGAUUCGUUAGACUACACGAUUUCAAUAGCAAAAAACUCAUCAAAAAGGUGUAUUGCAAAGCGCGUUUGAAUAAAUUAUUAAUGAAAAAUGACAUUUCAAUCAUGGAUAAAAGGGAGAAGGUGAAUAAAGAAGAACUGGAUGAGUAUGACGAAACUUGGAGAAAAAUCGAGGAGGGAGGAGAGGUCGGUGAUAACAGUGAUGAUUUCGAGGCAUCAAUGAGUAGCGAAGAUGAGACAUUAUGGAAUGAUAUGAGGGAAAGGGUUCAGCAUGGACAAAAGAGAAAAAAGAAUAAGUUAAAUGAUCAUGGAGAUGAAAGAGUUUUGGCGAAGAAAGGUAAAACAGACGACCGAAAUAAGAGGAAAUUCGCGAGCGAGAACGAAAAUGUCGACGUGAAAAGGAAUAAGAAAGAGGGAUCGGUUCAAGUCAGUGAAGAUAUAAUUGCUAAAUCAACAGCGUUGAAUCAAAGCUCAGAGAAAACGAGAUCAAAUUCAUCGAAAAGGUUCGCGGACAAUAAUUGGAUUGAUACUGAACACGAAUCAAAACGAUUUCACAAAGAUGUCUAA